UUUCAACUUGUUUGAUUGCAGUAACACCCUCUGUCCUCUGGGGGGCGACAUGUUUUCAUCAGUGUGAUCAAAGCUUCACUCAGAGUCUAAAUGGCUUCCAGACCAGAGGACCUCUGCUGUCYGGUCUGUCAGGAGGUCUUCAGAGRUCCUGUUCUUCUGUCAUGUAGCCACAGCUUCUGUAAAGACUGUCUGAAGGACUGGUGGAGACAGAAACCAACAAGGGAGUGUCCUGUUUGUAAGACAAGAUCUCCAACAGAUGAUCCACCCUGUAACCUGGCUCUGAAGAACCUCUGUGAGUCCUUCUUACAGGAGGAACAUCAGAGAUCUUCAGAGGCUCUCUGCAGUCUGCACUCUGAGAAACUCAGACUCUUCUGUCUGGACCAUCAGGAACCAGUUUGUCUCGUCUGCAGAGAUUCAAAGAAACACACCGACCACAGAUUCAGACCUGUGGAUGAAGCUGCUCAACAACACAGAGAGAAACUUCUGGAAGCUCUGGAACCAUUAAAGCAGAAACUGGAGCUCCAGAAGAAAGUUCAGUCUAAGUUUAAUCAGACAACAGAACACGUGAAGGUCCAGGCCCGACACACAGAGAGGCUGAUUAAGGAGCAGUUUAAGA